AUGCCUCAUGCAGAGCUCCAGCCAGCUGGAAGGCUACCUGAUGCUGCUCCAAUCCCUCAGAUGGAGGGCAUUUUGUUGUGGAAACAGGCGAUGCACUCAAAUUUGGAUCCAGGGAGCAUAGACAAGCUCUCCAACAUACACUCUCCCCAAGUCUUGCCUCAUAACCAGGUGGCCCUAUUCUCAUGCGCUGUCUGCCUCCUCAACAUCGCAGCCAGCAACAAUGUGGGCCUUUACAAUGGGAGAGAGUCUAACUAUGAUGACAAGCCCUUUGACCAUGGAUAUUCAGACUGGAUCAAGAGUCUGAGGGUCAACAACACCAUAGAUUAUCCAGCAAGCUACAAUGUGGGAUAUGACCACGGAUAUUUGGAUGCUUAUGAUGACUCUUACGAUGAUUUGGGGGCCAAUGCAUACCAGUCUGAGGAGGAUACCACUGAUGAGGGCUAUGAUAGCCCAGCAUUGAGUCUCAACCAGGAUGACACCCAGGUGGAGCAGUAUCUGGGUGUGGGUGGGGGUGACAGAUGGGGUACUGAAGCUGCAGGUCUGACCAUAAUAGGUCCAGGUGUACCUGGAUAG